UGUCACACGGUCUGUGUGUCAAUGUGCCGUGCUCAAUCUGAGCCUCUGCUCGAGACCCCCUCAGUGACUGCGCUACUCGCCAUGUCGGAGCAAACAAGCACCAAAAUGAAAAUAUUGUUUCGCACCGUACAUGCCAUUGGCAAGAAAGCGAGGCCAUUUUCUGACUUCGAGUGGAUGUGUGAUUUGGAUGAACAAAAAGGAAUUGCUGUGGGAUCAACAUACCGAAAUGAAAAGCAGGCCAAAGUGUUUAUGAACUAUAUAGCAGAAGUGGAGAGAGAAAAAAUCAAAGAGAAUGUUAAAACCACAAAGUUUCUCUCCAUUACCACUGAUGGCUCCACCGACAGUUCUGUGAAGGAGGAGGAGUUAGUUUAUGUCAGAUUCAGUCAUCUGGGCAAAAUUGAAUCAAAGUUUGUAGGCAUCAAGUCAGUAGAGAAGGCAGACGCAUCACACAUAAGCCAAGCCAUCUGUGACAUCAUGGAUCAAGUGAGUGAUGACUGGGGGAGCAAGUUGGUCGCUAUAGGAACUGAUGGAGCUUCAGUGAUGACCGGAUCCAAAAAUGGUGUCGUCAGCAAGCUGAAGGGUGACAAGAGCUACAUCAUUGGCAUCCACUGCAUGGCACAUCGCCUUGAACUGAGCUUUUCUGAUGCCGUGCGGUCAAAUUUGAUGUUCCAGAAAGUAGAGGACCUGUUUUGUGGGCUCUACACUUUUUAUCACACAAGUCCACUCAACAGGGCAAAGUUGAUUAACAGCUUCCAGGCUCUUGGGCAUACAUCAUUGGUGCCCACAAGAAUUGGUGGGACCCGAUGGGUAGGACACCUGUUGCGUGCCCUGGACCACUUAUUACAAGGUUACCAGGGACUUGUCCUUCAUCUUGAGCAGAUUCAAUCCCCGGAUUCCCAAAAUGUCAGAAGUGUCCAGAAAGCCAAAGCCAGGAAAUACUACUCUGUUGCUAGGGAAGCUGUUAUUGUCCGCUUCUGUGGGUUCCUGCAUGACACUCUCACACAUCUGAGCAGCCUGUCCACCUGUCUGCAGAGGUCUGCCAUCACUAUAGCAGAAGCCCACUCUGCUUUGACCUCAACACAGGCUUUACUGGAGAAGUACAAAACCAGAUUUUGGUGACACAGAACUGGAAACACUUGUUGACCACUUCAAGCCUGUCCUGGAGACCUCUGGUAUCCAUGUUGAAAGGAUCCUUGACCAGUGGACUGUCCUCAAGGUGAUUUUGUACCAAGAAUCUAAGUCCCUGCUGAAGACAUCCUGGGUCAGUGUCAACAGGAGCUGUCAGCAUUCCUGCCCUGAUUUGCUGGCUUUAUUUGACUUGGUCCUGUCCCUCCCUGCCUCCACUGCUGAAUGUGAAAGAGGUUUCAACACAAUGAAACAAGUUAAAACAGACUGGCGGUCCAAUUUAAACCCUGAAACACUGUCAGAUCUCCUUAUGGUUCAGUUGUGUUCUCCGGAGAUCAACACUUAUGAUCCCACUGAGGCUGUAAUGCUGUGGCACAAAGACUGUGUCAGGAGCAGGAGGCCAGACUUCAUGGACUGUGUAAAAGCACCAAAAGUAUAGAGCGAGGAGUCUGAUUAGAAUUCAAUGAAUGAAAUCAGAAAUUAGCAAUAUAUUGAAUAAAUGUUUUUCUUGUUACUA